AUGGGACAAAUACUUUCAAACCCUGUAAUUGACAAAGAAGGCCACUCUGGUGCCGAUUCGUUGACCGCGUUUGGCCUGUGCGCGAUGCAAGGUUGGCGAAUGUCGAUGGAGGACUCGCAUAUUCUAGAGCCUAAUGUAUUGACAAAGUCCGAUAAGGACCAUAUUGCAUUUUACGGUGUAUUUGAUGGGCACGGUGGCGCUAAAGUGGCCGAAUACUGUGGUAACAAGAUAGCAGACAUUCUGCAAGAGCAAAACUCGUUCCAGAAGAGAAACUUGUCCAGAGCGUUGAUCGACACCUUCAUUAACACGGACGUGAGGCUAUUGCAGGAUCCCGUGAUGAAAGACGACCACAGCGGAUGCACGGCCACGUCCAUAUUGAUAUCAAAGUCGCAGAACUUGUUGGUAUGCGGCAACGCCGGCGACAGCAGAACGGUGCUUGCCAUUGACGGAAACGCAAAAGCCCUAUCAUACGACCACAAGCCCACGUUAGCGAGCGAAAAAUCACGUAUCGUGGCUGCCGAUGGGUUUGUAGAGAUGGAUAGAGUCAACGGCAACCUGGCCCUGUCUCGUGCCAUUGGCGAUUUCGAAUUCAAGUCCAACUCCAACUUGGGCGCCGAAGAGCAAAUAGUGACGUGUGUUCCAGACAUUCUCGAGCACACUCUGGACUACGACAGGGAUGAGUUUGUGAUCUUGGCCUGUGACGGUAUCUGGGAUUGUUUGAGUUCUCAGGAUUGCGUGGACUUGGUCCAUCUCGGGUUGCGCGAGAGCAAGACGCUGAACGAAAUAUCCUCCCGGAUCAUCGACGUGUGCUGUGCCCCCACUACGGAGGGAACGGGCAUCGGAUGCGACAACAUGAGUAUAGUGGUUGUCGCGCUGCUGAGAGAAGGUGAAGAUGUCGCACAAUGGGGUGACCGUAUGAGAUCCAAGGCCCACAACACCUCCGUCCGCUCCUUCGCAGACAAGAGAAGAAGAGUAUUCAGCUACUACGAUUUCUCCAAGUGUAACGACGAGCAAGUCUUCGCCGUGACCACGAAGAAACUACAGGACAAGUUCACCAGGGACCACGAGGCCGCCGUAGCCUCCGUGACCGCUGCCAACAACGACGAUGCAAUGGACAUUGACGACACGGACGCUGACACGGACGCGGAAAACCUGGACCCCUCGAGCCACGCCAGGAACAAGAAGACACCGGGCCCCAUCGACCUAGCGUCCCUGGAGGCACUACUGGGUGCCACAGGAGCAGUCAAGGCGGACAGCAACGGGAACAAAGUCACCUAUACGCUUCCCCAGUCCGCGUUGACGCAACUGCUCCAGACCAUGGGCCACGACCCAAGCACCUUCCACCCCAAUAACGAUGACGAUAACCACAACGCCAGUCGCUCCCACUCACAAUGA